GCAGGGCAAGUGAGGGAGGGUCAAGGAGGUUAAAGAAAAUUAUAGUUUGUAUCAAUGUUUUCAAAAUUCCUGUUAAAUGGGCGCACAAAAUUCAAUUGUCGAGUAUAUGAAUGUGGAAGAAUCUCAAAUGAUCAUUACGAGUUGGACGUAUCUAAAGCGAAACUUGCACACGUGCGGUAUAACAUUGUUUCUUACCUUUUUCGGCGAAUUUCCCGAAAAUACUAAGUAUUUCAAGGACAUUGUGGAUCAAAAGGAUCAUGUAAAAACGGAUCAGUAUUUGGUGAACCAUUGCAUCAAGGUGAUGCGAGCUAUCGGUAGAGGCGUGGAUUGUAUAAAAAGCCAAGAAGAUUUCCAAAAGUAUAUCAUCGAGCACGCGUCUAUUCACCUUGAAAAGAAAAUCACGAAGAAGACGUAUGAGGAGUUCAUCGGAGCUUUUUCUAAUAUGCUGUCUCAGGAGCUUGGACCUAGGUACAGCAAUGAUAUCGGUCAAGCAUGGGAGAAGUUCUUGAGGUAUUUGUUCUACGGCUCUUUAGAGUAUACUAGGAAGUUGUUGAAGGAUUUGCCUGGUUCCAGUAUGGUAUAGUAUUUUAUGUUUUUAAGAGUAAAUAAGUAGAGUUUGGAUCGAUUUUUAUAUUUGUGUAUCCUAUAGGACGACGACUGAUCAACCUGUUCUGGAUAGCAGUUAGGAUAGGUAGAGUGCAGUGCAAGAGGUGGUUGGUGGCCGAAAGCCAAAAACAGUU